AGGUGUAGCAUACUUGCUUUACCUGCCUGCAAUAAGGCGCGCAUUUAUUUUUAACGGUUCUUUUCUUUUCAGGGCGGUGAGACUGAAUACAUCUUUAGGAAGAAGACUGAGUGAAUUGGGUAUUCCGCCAAAAUGCUUCUUCAACUGUUUUCUUUGACGACUGUUCUUCUGCUACAACCAGCAUGGAGUGCUUUAACUCGCGACGAAUUUCUUACGCAAAUUAAACCUAUAUGCUACGAAAGGGAAAAAGAGAGAGUAUUAGUUAAUGGUCAAACGAUGCCUCUUGCGAGCACCCUGGAGAACUUUAUCGCUCUUGUGGAAAAGCUCGAAGCAGCUAACCCUAAUAUAGGUCUCAAGCAAGAGUUAUUUUAUCUCCUUCGAAGCUAUUUUCAUGAAAAUGUCGAAUAUAAGAAAGGUGCCGGAGCUAGUCAAUGGGAGCCUCCAGACUCUAAUUUUGACAAGAUAGAAAUUUUGUGGGAAAGAAAUGACGAAGAAAGGCAGAAGAAACCAGAGAGACUAGUAGAGCCAUAUUCUGAGGAUGAAAAGUGUAGUUUGUUCUUCAUGAUUUCUCAUUCAGUCGAGCGUUAUAAUAGAUUUAACGCUAGAUUCUUUUCACCUGGAAACGGCAGGUAUGCCCGUGUGUUUUAAUUAAAUGCAGCGUCC